AGGAGGAUGCUCUCGAGGGCAUAUGGAUUUAGUCGGCGUCUCAUUACCGCAGCGCCAAGACUGAUUAAAUCGAAUCACAAUUUCAGUACGACAUAUACAAACAGAUCGUUUUCAAAUGCAGCAGUUGAAACCGCGAGAAAAAUCAAUGAGCUUCGCAAGUCAGAGCGUGGUAGCGUUUCCAAGGAAACUAUGUGCAUCAAAGAGGCGUUUGAUCUUGUUGACGAGGAUGAGAAUGGGGAAAUUGAUCGUCACUGCUUGAAUAGCCUUGCUGUUAUUCUCGCAGAUUCAGGGCAUGGGGAAGUGCAGGAAUUGAAUGCAGCUUUGGAGGAAAUCAACGCUGGCAAGGACGGUGUUAUCACCAAGCAACAGUUGAUUGACUUCUGGAGCAAAAAAUGCGCGACCAUGGCACGUUACAGGAAGCCACCAAGGAGCUCUGUUCAGGAUUCAAUUGAACUCAGCGACUACAUCCUGGCAAGAAAGCUUUGGCCAACUGGAAAGCACAACUAGAGGCAUCUAAUGAAAAUCAACGUUCGGAGAAGUUAUACUUCUAAACAUCCUGGAUCAAGCACGAUUUACAUAAUACUGGAUUUGAGAUAGAUGCGUUUUCCUGAAGAGAAGUAAAGCUUGGUGAAACG